AUGGCUCCAAACUUCAGCAAGGAUGCCAUUCUACAGGGCAGUGUAGAUUAUUUUUGUCUAAUUUGUGAGACUUAUCUUAUAUCUGAAGAAGAAGCAUUUGUACAUGUAUCUAACGUUACUCAUCUAAAAAAAUUAAGCACCAUACAGUAUGUUGAUGAAUAUAUGGAAGAUGGAAUUAAAAAGAUUAAUGGUAAAUAUUUUUGUGAGCUAUGCAAUAAAUUGCUACCAGUUUUAGCAAGAGUACGCUUGCAUAUAAUGGACUUGACACAUAUAGACAAAAAGAGCUAUCACAUUUUGAAACGUAAAAACAAUUUUGUGAUAGCAUUUGAACAAUUUGUAAUAAAUGAACAAUCGUGGCAUGGUUUAAAUGAGAACUCAUGUGCCCUAUGCAAUUUAGAGUAUGAAGAUGAAGAGCUACAUAAAGUUGAAUCAUGUCAUAUCUUAAAUUUGAUUCAAAAUAAGGUGGAAUUUGAUAAAAACAAAAAUGUUUAUCGAAAGGUUGAUGAAGUAUCAUUUCAAUGUUUAACUUGCAACAGCAUUCUGGCUUUGCAUGACCUAACUUCACAUUUUAACGAGGGUGAACAUAAAAGCAUAUAUCAAACAUGCUGUGAGGCAUAUCAAAAGAUAAAGCAUGUUCCCGCAGAGAAAAGUAAUAAGUCAAAAGUAGUUAACAAAAAUAUAUUAAAGACUCAGGAUAAAUGUGACAAAAAUAAUUCUACAGAUCUAAACAAUGAAAAGAAACAAACGAAAGAGCUUGACGCUGGAACUAAAGAUGAGAAACUAGACUCAUCUAAAAUAAAUAAAGCACUGAAAAGUACAACUGAAAAUAAAGAAAAUGUUUCUGAAAAUAAUGAAAAUGUUUCUAAAAAUAUAAAUAAUGAUGUAAAUGUACUUAAUUCCCAAUAUGUUUAUGAUGAAAAUUGUGAAGACAACAUUUGCAAAAUGCUGAACACAACAGAUUAUGUUACGAAAGAUGAGAAUGGAAAAACAUGGUGUAUUUUAUGUGACUGGAUUAUGGACUCUUGUAAAAUAUUUGACCAUGUGGAAGGUCAACAUCAUCAAACUAUUUUGAAAUUACACAAGGAACGUGCUAAAAAGCUGAAAAAUAUUAACAAGCCUCAUAAAAACGUGGCUGCUAAAAAUAGUACUGAUAAAGAUAACAUGCUUUUGCUUAAUUCCAUUGACACAUUCCAGAAAAAUGGAAUUAAUAUUAAUUUUGAAUCAAAUUCUGCUACUUGUAAGAAAUGCACAAUUGCUUUAGAGUAUGAUUUCGAAGCAAUUAGUAAACAUAUUGCAGAACACAAUAAGAGCAUUCCUACAAAAGAAAAAAGGAAGCCUGCCGAAUUCCCUUCAGGCACUGACAAAUUGGCAGAUAGACAAAACAGUUUAUUUACAAGUCCCGUACACUUAAAACGUGAUACUGAAGACACAAUUUUAGAAAUAAAUGGCAAAACUGAUGACACAAUAAAAAUAAAUGACAGCUGUGAAGAUAAAAACUCAAUACAUGUACCAAAACAAACAGAUUCAAAAAAAAUUCAAAUUGCAAAGCUAGAGUUGAAAAAGCCAAAAAAGAUUGUCCUUUCAAAGGUGCCGUUGAUUGCAUAUAUAAAAAACCUUACAGCAAUUGAUGGUAGUAUGUUUAAAGAUAUUAUCAUAAAUGAAAAGUUUGUUAUAAAUUUCUUAAGUUUUUGUUUCAUAGCCCAUGAGAAACAUCUCUACAAAUGUAUUCUUUGCGAAGAAUCUAUGACAUUUAAUAACAUACUAGAUCACACUCAGACUCCUCGUCAUGAUAAAGCCAUUAAUGAAACUUCGGUCAUUCUUCAAGUUGAUUCAGAGUUCAUUAGAGAGCUCCAACCUGGAAAGUUUCACUGUGGUUUUUGCAAUAUUGUGAAAUCAUCUUGGGAUGAAAUGUUGGAACAUUUAGAGACUUCCUCUCAUAAAGAAGGUAAAAACUCGGCAAAUUGGCGUCUAAUGCAAUAUGAACCGCAGCUUGCCCAUAAUAGUAUGCAAAGACAAAUUCAAGAAACACUUUUCUUAGAAAUGUUUAAUAGAUUUUUU